AUGUUUUCUACUCUGUUUGUCUUUGUACUGUUUGUUUCGUACAGCGAAACUAAACCUGCAUCAUCGAAACCAGUUAAAGUAGAGAAAAAUAUUGACGAUUUUCAUUUGAAUUUGUACAAGAAUGUUGUUGCAUUAAACUCGAAUGAGAAUGUUUUUAUUUCGCCUUAUUCAGUUGGUCUUGCACUUGCUUCGGUUACUGCAGGUACUCAAGGAAAAACAGAAAAAGAACUGCUGAAUCUUUUACAUUCGAAAUCACGCGAAAAACUUACUCAAUCAUCUAAACAACUCAUGGCUAUUACAAAUACGUCAGAAAUCAAACUUGCUAAUCGACUUUAUGUGGAUACAGAAUUUUCAGUUCUUCCAUCUUAUACCAAACAACUUCAAAAAACCUACAAUUUUACAUUAGCAUCAGUCAAUCUCAAUGCUCAGAAUAAAACACCAGUUAUUAAUCAAAUCAAUCAAUGGGUGUCAAAUCAAACUAAUAAUAACAUCAAAGAAGUUUUAAGUAAAGAUAGUUUAGAUCCUAAAGGUCCUAAUGAUAAGAAUGAACUUCUCAUCAUCAAUUGUCUAUUCUUUGAUGGUAAAUGGGAAUCUGAAUUUCAAGCACAAAAUACUCGCGAUGGUAAUACAUUUUAUCCGGACGUGGGUCCUCCACAAGAAAAGAAAUUGACAUUGAUGACACGCAUUGGUUCAUUUUCUUAUGUUGAUAUGAGCUCGACAAUUGGCGCACGAAUGAUUCAUAUGCCAUUCCAAAAUAAGGAUUUUACGUUUACGAUUAUUCUACCGAAUAAAAACGUAACGUUGGCUCAAGUUGAAUCACGACUUACUCCUGCAAUAUUCAAUACACCAACAACAAAUCAAAUGGUUGUUCUUGCAAUACCAAAAUGGAAAUUUGAAUUUGACAAUGAUAUGAAAGAUGUAUUGUCGAAAAAAAUGAAAAUUAGCGAAUUAUUUAGUCGAACAAAAGCCAAUCUAAAAGAACUUUCUCCAAAGAAAUACCUUCAUGUUUCGAAUAUCUUUCACAAGACCUCCGUCGUUGUUGAUGAAAAAGGUGUUCGAGCUGCGGCAGCAUCAGUUGUACGCGUGAUUACAUCAGGUACUCCACUAAUAAAAAUUUAUUUUACAUGUGACAAACCAUUUCUUUAUGCUAUUCGAUACAAACAAACAAUCUUAUUUAUUGGUCGAUAUGUUAAAGCAAUCGAUACCAGCAAUAUGCCAGCAUUUAUCGACGGUGGACUUGGCAGAUAA